GCUCUCAGCUCAGCUCUCUCUUGUUGCUGCCAAGGACGGAGGAGGAGGAGGAGGAGAAGGAGGAGGAGGAGGAGGAGAAGUGAGGCUGGAAGGAACAGAGUGAAACACACAGAUAGAGACGAGAAAGAGAGAGACUUGGACCCACCUCUGGCUGCUUACCUCUCGCCUCUGCCUGGCUGGCUGUGUGAGAGGCUGGAGGCAGCCGACAAGUGAUGCCUCGCACUCUCCGGAGCAGCACAUAGUCCUGACUUUCUUCAGCGUUUUCCUCUCUCUGUGUCAAAGAUGAGGAGAGACCGACUCUUCCUAGCCGCGACCCUCACGGCCAUCUUCUCUGCUGACCUCUACUUUAUCCUGCUGCCCAAGCUGCGGAGCGUGGGGCAAGGUUCGGGGCACUUUUGCUCAUGCGGUCCCGACAACCUCACCCUUCCCAGGCACGGGGGUCUCGCCACCCCUCAGCUCUCCAACUGGACUUCUUUGCUGCCCCUGGACUACGCCAUGUCUGAACCCACGGAUGGGGGCUCAAAGCUGGGGAGGCUGUUUGCUCACCCUCUGUACAACAUCCAGACUCCGGUGCUGGAGCCGGAGGAGAGGCUGCUGCAGGUGGAGCAGCUGAUGGAGUACUACAGGAGGAAGGUGUCACGUUGGGAAAGACACAUGAAACUCUACAUCGAGGCGGCGGCUGCGUCCAACAUCACUGUGACUGAACGCGAAAUGACCGUUGACCCCGACGCCAGCUGGCUGAAGUUCCACCUGGGAAUCAACCGCUACGCUCUGUACUCCCGCGAUGACCCUGCUAUCCCACAGCUCCUCAAGGAGAUGCAGAGCAUGAUGGUCGUCAGCGCAGACUACACUCAAGACGAGAAGGCCCUAAAAGGAGCAUGUGAUUGUACCCAAGUUGUGAAACCGAGCGGACAUCACCUGAAACUGGCUCUGAAGAUGCAGAACUUCGCUAAAGCCAUGUUCAAACCAAUGAGGCAGCAGAGGGACGAGGAGACUCCAGAAGAUUUCUUCUACUUUGUUGAUUUCCAGAGACACAACGCAGAGAUCGCCGCCUUUCACCUGGACAGGAUCCUGGACUUCCGGAGGGUCCCGCCAGUGGCCGGCAGGCUGGUGAACGUCUCAGGAGAAGUCCUCCAAGUCACCCACAACGAAGACCUGCGCGCUGUCUUCUUCACCUCACCAGCGAACAACACGUGUUUCUUCGCCAAGUGUCUGUAUGUGUGUAAGACGGAGUAUGCGGUGUGUGGGAGCCCCGACCUGCUGGAGGGCUCCCUGUCUGCAUACCUGCCCGGCCUCAGCAUCGCCCCCCGCAUCUCCAUCCCCAACCCCUGGAUACGCUCCUACACCUUCACCGGGCGAGAAGAGUGGGAGGUGAAUCCCUUCUUCUGUGACACCAUAAAGCAGCUGUAUCCCUACAACUCUGGCAACAGGCUCCUCAACAUCAUAGACAUGUCCAUCUUCGACUUCCUCACAAGCAACAUGGACAGGCACCACUAUGAGAUUUUUACCAAAUUUGGGGACGAAGGAUUCCUUCUCCACUUGGACAAUGCCAGAGGGUUUGGGAAGCACUCUCAAGAUGAGAUGUCCAUCCUGGCUCCCCUGUCUCAGUGCUGCAUGAUAAAGCGCUCCACGCUGUUACGGCUCCAGCUCCUGGCCCGACCAGAGUACAGGCUCAGCGAUGUGAUGAGGGAGUCCCUGCAGGGAGACCCUCUACACCCGAUCCUGACGGAGCCCCACCUAUUAGCGCUGGACCGCAGGUUACAGAAGGUCCUCCGGGUGGUCCAGCGCUGCGUACGGAGGCUGGGCGAGGACGAGGUGAUCACCAAAGACUUUGUCAAAUCCACAGCGAGACCUCAGGCGGCCACAGAGGUGCAGAAGGUCAGGUAACAGAGGAUGAACGGGUCGUCGCUCCUCCUCGUAGAAAGUAGUCAGACUUUAUGGUGAAGAGCUGAAGAGCAGUCACCUUGUGAGCAGACAAGGCUCAGGUGGAUUUAAGGAACAAGCCAUAAAUGGAAGAUGCUGUGAAAUCCUCAAGAGGGGCUUUUCAGAGAUGGAAGGAAUCUCUUUGUGGAGGUUGAGAACGUGAGUCACUACAGGCCUCAAAUUCCUAUCACAGAGGGAGCCGUAGCUUUAUUUCCUUCUGUUUCUCUUGUGGUCAUAAAUUCCCCCGAGGAUGCGUUUCAGGACAGGGCUCUCACUUUUCAUGUGCACCUGCAGCAUCAGGGAGGUUUUGGGGUCAAAACAUGUCAAUUAAGACCUUUUAAGGAACAACUGAAGAUAAAUUUCACCCGAAAAAAAUGGCUGAGAGUGAAAACGAAGCCAGUGUCAAUAUUUCGUUGAUACAUGAAGCCAUAGUUAAUAUUCACAGGAGAGAGCUGCGAUGCACUGGAUCAGUUGUUUGUCAAAUGAAUGCUGGUGAAAGUAAGAUGUGUGCAUCCACGGUAUGUUAUAAUUAUAAAAUAAAGUUAUUUUAUGUGGUGA